UAAUAGUAAACAAAACCAACUCUAUCGUUCAUAAACAAAGUUCGCAUGUUUCUUAGUGCUGACAGAACAACGGUACCUGCCGCUAUUCACUUGAAUUUGUUAUUUGUAAUAAGUUUCGAUGAAAGAGUCAUGUGAGCCAUCCUCAGCGAAGGAAGCGGUGCUUCAAGUAAGCACGAAGCUGCCAGCUGACACUCCUACGGUGCGCGGAUACGAUUGGAAUCGUGGUUUGAAUUAUGAAAAUCUAUUCGAGUCAUAUCGACACUCAGGAUUUCAGGCAACUAACUUGGGAAAUGCCAUAGAGGAAGUACGGAAAAUGAUUGCUUGUCGGGCAGAAUCACUUCCAGAUGACAAGCAGGAUACGUACGAAGAGGACGAAUUCAUAAAGCGCACGAAUAAUUGUACUAUUUUCCUCGGAUAUACCUCGAACAUGGUAUCAUGUGGAGUUCGUGAAUCAAUUCGUUUCUUGGCACAACACAAGCAAAUUGACUGCAUUGUUACGACUGCUGGUGGAGUUGAAGAAGACUUAAUUAAAUGCCUUGCACCGACGUACCUGGGAGCAUUUGAAAUGGAAGGAAAACGACUCCGAGAACAGGGUAUAAACAGAAUCGGAAACUUGCUGGUUCCUAAUGAUAACUACUGCAAAUUUGAGAACUGGGUGGUGCCACUGUUGGAUGAAAUGCUGAUAGAGCAGAAAACCAAAGGAGUACUUUGGACGCCAUCGAAAGUCAUUCAACGGUUAGGGGAGGCAAUCAAUGACGAAAGCUCAAUUUAUUAUUGGGCUGCUAAAAAUAAGAUUCCAGUUUUCAGCCCUGCUUUAACCGACGGAAGCCUUGGAGAUAUGAUGUAUUUCCAUUCUUUUCGUAAUCCAGGUCUAGUACUAGAUAUUAUUUCGGAUUUAAGACGCCUCAACACAAUGGCGGUAAAGGCAAAUAAUACUGGGAUCUUGAUUAUCGGUGGAGGUGUGAUUAAGCAUCACAUAUGCAAUGCCAACUUGAUGAGGAAUGGAGCUGAUUAUUCUGUGUUUGUGAAUACCGCUUCUGAGUUUGAUGGUAGUGACAGUGGAGCCAGACCGGAUGAAGCAAUUUCGUGGGGUAAAAUAAAAAAAGAUGCAUCUCCCGUCAAGGUGUAUGCGGAAGCUAGUCUUGUUUUUCCGAUUCUAGUAGGUGAAACAUUUGUGAAAGAUUAUUUUAAUAAAAAUAAACAAAAUGAGACCAGUUGAAAAUAAUGUCCUCGACAAUUUAGUUUUUCCUUUUCAAAUUGGCUCAUAAAUGUUCCAUAUCCUAUAGGAUUCCCAAUGUAUAUGAGACAGUUAAAAAUAAUGUCCUCGACAAUUUAGUUUUUUCUUUUCAAAUUGGCUCAUAAAUGUCCCAUAUCCUAUAGGAUUCCCAAUGUAUAUGAGACAGUUAGAACUAGAACUCACGAUGGCUCAUUUGAAUUCCGUUAAAUCACUGCAGUAAUAUUUAGGGCAUCAUGCAUAUAUUCAAUACAUCUUUAAAACUAUGCAACAAAUCGUAGAUUUGCGCGAUCUGAUUUUUUUGUAUAUGAAAUUAUUUUUACAAUGUCCUAUUU